CAACACUGCUCUAGUGAUUUGCCAGCGCUUGAGCUUUGAUGGAAUGGGUUGCAGGGCCAACUAGUCGGUCAGAAGCGUAUCAAAGGGACCAUGGAUGUGUAAAAAGCUCCAGCAGGCCAAAGGAGAAGCAACAAGAAAUCCACUUUGAACCAGAAACUGCUCAGGGUGGAAAAAGCUGCAGUACAGAGGACAUUAAAGGAACAUAUCAGCAGCUUCUGUUUUGACAGCUGACAUGAGGUUGGCCAGUGCUGGGGUCCGGGCCCGGCGGGCUGCGGAGCCAUCUGAACCCGAAUCAGAGGAGACAACAGAACCGGUCCAUCAUGAGCACUCCCAUCAUUCAGAACAUCACGAGCAUUCGCAUGCAGAACAUCACCCUAACCCUCACCAUGACUACGACCACAUGAAGGAAAAGUUCAUGAACGAGUUCAGUCACCUUCCAAUUCCCAUGUGGGCAGUGGGAGCCAUCGUUGUGGUGGUCCUGCUGUUGGUGGCUGCCUUCAUCUUCUGCAUUUUCAAAAAGUGUUUGGCGAAAAAGAAAAAGCCAAAGAAAGUGCGGGAGAGGAAGGCGGGUCGCCACAGAAAGGCAAAGGAAGGUGAAGGAGAGAAUGGAGAGAAGGAGGGGGAGGUGAAGAAGGAAGGGGAAGAAGAGGAGAAAGAGCAGGAGAAGCUGGGUAAGCUGGAGUACUCCUUGGACUACAACUUCACAGACUGUCAGCUCAUCGUGGGUAUCCUACAGGCCCAGGACCUCGCUGCUAUGGACAUGGGAGGAACUUCAGACCCUUAUGUCAAAGUCUUUUUGUUGCCGGACAAAAAAAAGAAGUACGAGACAAAAGUUCAACGCAAGAAUUUGUGUCCUGUUUUCAACGAGACUUUCAUUUUCAAGAUUCCCUAUGCGGAGUUGGGUGGAAAGACAUUGGUGCUGCAAGUUUUCGACUUUGAUCGUUUCUCUAAGCACGAUAUGAUUGGUGAGAUAAAGAUUCCCAUGAACAGUGUUGAUUUGGGUCAGCCGAUGCAACAAUGGAAAGACUUGGAGAGUGGUGAGAAGGAGGAGCAAGAAAAACUGGGCGAUAUCUGCAUUUCUUUACGAUAUGUACCCACCGCUGGGAAGCUGACGGUAAACAUAAUGGAGGCAAAGAAUCUGAAAAAAAUGGAUGUUGGUGGUUUAUCAGAUCCAUAUGUGAAGAUUGUUCUGCAGCAAAAUGGAAAACGGAUUAAGAAGAAAAAGACGACAGUCAAGAAGAACACUCUAAAUCCAUACUUUAAUGAGAGUUUUAGCUUUGAUGUUCCUUUUGAGCAGAUACAGAAAGUACAGGUCGUCAUCACAGUGUUUGAUUAUGAUAAACUUGGGAGCAAUGACCCAAUUGGAGGGACCUUCAUGGGUUAUGGAGCCACUGGUGUCGGCCUGCGCCACUGGUCAGACAUGCUGGCCAACCCCAGACGUCCAGUGGCCCAGUGGCACACCCUUCUGACAGAGGAGGAAGUGGAUGCUGCACUCAAAGCAAAACCUCGCUAGAGUCGUAUCAGUUCCAUUUCAGAAAAGACGUUUGACAUGCUAGUCAGUUUAACCCUGGUGUUUUCUCACUUUGCAUGUUCUGUUUUCACACAUUUUGAAAACAUGGUGAUGCUAGUUUUUUUGUGAUGUACAGAUAUGUUUUUGAUAUUUUGUCGUUUUUAAAUCCCAUGCUUCCUCAAAACAUCUCUUAGACAUCUAUGUCAAUAUAUGUAUACUGUGUGUUUGUUUACAUGGGCUAUUUGUUUACUGUGAAAACCUGUAACAUUUAUGUAUGCUCCAUGCAAUGAUGUAAUAAUGUGGCUGCAUAAACAAAGGAUUUCUGAUUUGUUUCUACAUCUCAUGUUACUAUGAACACUGAAAUAAAAUCACAAUGGACGGUUUCAUAUCA